CUCACGGAAGCAGUAACUUGAUUUUAUCAAACACGUCACAGCCAAUGCAAUAUCUCACAUCUAGCACGACGUCGUUUCGUAAGCCGAAUUUGUGAUCUAGCGGUGGGAAAUCAAACACAACGAGCCUUGUUCUCUUCACAAUCACCACCAGAAACAGCGGAAAUGGAAAUGUUUUUCUAACACGCAUGCGCGUGCCCCACGCGCCCCCACUCGCCACAGGUUGCCACUCUAUGGGUCCCUCUCUCUUGGAGCUUCUCUAAAAACUCUGCUCAUUUUCUCUGCAGAGCUUUGCUUUAUCGGUUACCAUCUGUUUCCAUGGCUCUAUCGCUCUGUCACGUACCACCUGGCGUGUUCUCUUCAUUUCACCACAAACAAACAUUUUUCAUUCAGCAUCGCCGCAACAAUCUCCGAUGCUCGUUAGAUAACAAACUCCGAUUUUCUCCUUACUCUAAACGACACUAUCUCGUCUCUCCUGUAAAAUCCUCUUCAAUUAACGGAUUCUCUGUAGAGAAGAGCAGUGUAAAACCAUUUGAUAGAGAAGGAAAUGUUGAAUUUAAUGAAAGGAUUCGAAAAUGGAUUCAUAUCAUUCAAUCAGUUCUUCCCGGAGGAAGUUGGUGGAGCUUCAGUGAUGACAUCGAGCUUAAACUGAUGGCGAAACCGGUGACUGUGUGGCGUGCGCUUAGUAAGAUGUGGGAGUUAGUCUCGAAGGACCGUUGGGUUAUUUAUGCUGCCUUUUCUGCUUUAAUUGUAGCGGCGCUUUCGGAGAUUUGCAUACCACAUUUUUUGACGGCAUCAAUCUUCACCGCACAGAGUGGUGACAUCGCAGUGUUCCACCGCAACGUUCGUUUGUUGAUUCUGUUAUGUGUCACUUCUGGAAUAUGCAGCGGUCUCCGAGGGUGCUGUUUUGGCAUUGCAAAUAUGAUCCUAGUGAAGCGAAUGAGAGAAACAUUAUAUUCUGCUCUUGUUUCUCAGGAUAUAUCCUUUUUUGACUCUGAGACAGUUGGUGACUUGACAAGUAGGCUUGGGUCAGACUGUCAGCAGGUUUCACGAGUUAUUGGAAAUGAUCUCAAUCUAAUAUUACGCAAUGUUCUUCAGGGAGGAGGGGCAUUGAUCUACUUGCUUGUUUUGUCACGGCCACUUGGCUUAUGCACAUUGGUAAUAUGCUCGACUUUAGCAGGAGUGAUGCUGAUCUAUGGCAUGUACCAGAAGAAGGCAGCAAAGUUAACACAAGAAUUCACUGCUUCUGCCAAUGAAGUGGCACAAGAGACAUUUUCUUUGAUGAGAACUGUUCGUGUCUAUGGAACAGAGAAGCUGGAGCUUGGAAGGUACAAGCAGUGGCUAGAUAAAUUGGCUGGCAUAAGUUUGCGACAGAGUGCUGCAUAUGGGUUCUGGAACCUGAGCUUCAAUAUGCUUUAUCACUCAACUCAGGUUUAUCUCUGUCAUUGGUUUCAAGAUUUUAAAGUGUUCACUAUUUAAAGAUAUUUCCCUCAU